UGAUCCCAGGACUGACUUGAUACAUUCAGUUCCUCUGCCGCCCUUAAUUCAGGCUGCUGAACACUACCAAAUUCACAAGUCAUUUCGGAUCACGCAAUGGCUGGGUUCUUCACGUGGUUGUGGGAUUGGUUGCUAUGGGUGUUUUGGGCCACCGAGAUGGAUGUGACGAUCAUUGGGCUCCAAAACGCCGGCAAGACGAGUCUGGUGAGAGUACUUGCGGGCAACGAGUUUACCGUCGACUCUCUACCGACUGUGGCUUUCAACAAGAAGGAGGUCAAAAAGGGUCAUGUAUCCAUUAAAUGCUGGGAUCUCGGGGGCCAGCCUAGAUUUCGAUCGAUGUGGGAGCGUUACUGUAGGGGAGUCAACGCCAUCAUCUUCGUGGUCGACGCUGCAGACAAAAAUGCCAUCCCCGUGGCCAAAGAGGAGCUGCACGACCUUCUCAGCAAACCAACACUGGAAGGGAUCCCUUUACUCGUACUCGGCAACAAGUCAGAUCUACCUAACAAAUUAUCCGUGGAUGACUUGAUCGACCAGCUGGAUCUCAAAUCCGUUGUACAUCGUGAAAUCAGUUGCUAUGGGAUCAGCGCCAAAGAGGAAACGAAUCUCGAAGCCGUUCUCCAGUGGCUUGUAGCGCGAUCUGGGAAGUGACAGGCCUUGGGAGAACGGAUCGAUCUUCUGUACACACGGUCGACAGCGACAACACUGUGCCAAUCAAGGCAGAUAUCUCUUAGGAUGAUGAAAGAAGCAUGGUGGCACUGGUCGGGGAUUUCACGAAUACGCAUACGCAGAUGGCAGGGGCCAGGUGUCGGCAUCAGGAAGGAUUAGGUACCGAUCAAGCUGCGUGUUGGUUACGAAUACUCGUGUUGCGUAAAGCUGACCGGAAGACACCCAUACCGGGGUCCUUUACUUGGUGCGUACAUAUUGCAUUACGCUGACCUUCAGACAAUGAUAACGUGAUGAUGACGAGCUGUGGCGAAUGAGGGCGGGGAAGAGGAGAGGCUCUCUUCGUAUUGGACUCGUUGUACCCGGAAUAUGCGACCCAUCGGCCAAGAGCAUCGCCUCGCCUCGCCUUGGUUAAUGCAUCAAAGACGCGGGGCCAAGCUGAAGGAGCGGGACAUCGGCUCGACGAUAUUUGAAUAGUUAGCGACAGUGUCGAGGAGUCGGCACUAUUGAUGUAGCAGGGAGUAAUGGGGUAAU